AUGAUGCCACACAAGACAGACGUCAUUCUGAAGGCCUAUAAUGAUAAUGCCACACAAGACAGAGACGUCAUUCUGAAGGCCUAUAAUGAUGAUGCAGGUGGACGCCAUCUCCUCUACAAAUCAAUUAUAGAUGUGUUCAACGAGAAGGCAGACAACUUUCCCGAUCAAGAAGUAUUUAUUCAUUGCUUUCCUGACGGAUCACGGCGAGCCAUAAGAUACAACGAGUUAAGAUACAAGGCCGAAAAUGUUGCAAAAUUUCUUGUUUCAUCAGGGGUUAAAGUCGGCGAUUCAGUCGGCAUAUUGGGACCAAACACAAUCGAAUGGAUUAUUGGUGAGGUAGCCAUUCUAAUGACCGGGGCGGUGUCGGUUCAUUUGUCGAAACCUCACGGAUCAUUUAAAGAAGCCUUCAAAUUGAUGAAAUACUCUGAAUGCAAGUCGAUUCUGUUAGAUCCCGAGAACGACAACAGUUUCAUAGACGACAUGAAAUCAUAUUGGCAAGACGAUAAAACAAAAGCUAAAAAUACUUCAGAUUUCCUCGGUGGUCCUGGCGUUGUUUUAUUAAAGAGCUGUGUUGAUUGUGAUCUCCCUGACGUGGAAACACUAGGACAAGACGAGACAAAAAAUGACGUGCAGCUUCCAACAUCGAUCUGUCCCGAGACAACUGCAAUUAUUUACAUGACGUCAGGAUCUACAGGAAAUCCAAAACAGGUCGAACAUUCCCACUUUGGCUUGGUCAACACACCGUUCGGUUUUAAAAGAUUGCAAGAUAAGACGAGAACUGUCGAAGUGGUGUACAAUGACAGACCUUUCUCGUGGAUGGGUGGAUCGAUCAUCCCAUGUCUUCUUCAUGGCAACACACAUGUGUUCAGAGAAGGGGGAAUAACUGUAGAGGAGAGAGGAGUGUUCGACAUUUGGCGAAUCAUAGUCGAAGAAAAAUGCACCAGUGCAUUUCUCUUUGAAAUCACAAUCUUGGAUCUGCUUGAAAAUGAGGCAGAAAUAUUGAAAAACAACUAUCGUUUAAACACGAUAAUCACAGGCCAAAUAAUAAACACGCUUGUCGCUGAUGCACAGGUGAAGUUUUGUAAUGAGAUUGUGACAGUUUAUGGGUCAUCGGAGAUGAAUAUUAUGAUGGCGAAUGCGGUGGAUUACAACUUGGUUAUUGGUAAAUUUGGAUAUCUUUACGAAGGGGUUGAGGUAAAAAUUGUUGAUGAUAAAUCAAAAACAUUGCCCAGAGAACAUUUCGGAGAAAUUUGCAUGAAAAGUCCUUGGAUGUUAAGGGGCUACAGGAAUGCAUCUACGAAGCAGGUGCAGGCUCUCUCCGAUGGAUGGAUGAAAACCAGUGACAUUGGUAGGAUAGACAUAAAAGGGAAUCUUUUCAUCAAAGGCAGAAAAGAAGACGUCAUUACAAGAUUCUCGUUGCAAAUUUUCUCGGGAGAAGUGGAAGAGUGCAUCGCGGACCUACCUGAAAUUCUACCAGCAGAUCUGGCACUGUCGGAUUGUUCUAUCCAUGUUUCCGAUGCGGAGCCUGAACAAGCUGAGGUCCUUCCAGAUCAAGCACAUGAGAUACAGCCAGAAAUAGAAGAACCAAGGAGCCAAGUCCUACUGUUCAAGAUGAAGAUUGUACGAAUCAUCCGGAUACUACUUAUGAAGCAACUUCAGCUGAGGAAAAGAAUAAAACAAGAAACCCAGAGGGCCUGUAUCGCUCACCUGGAUAAUAAAUCAACAUCAUAA